CCCCCAUGAACAAAUCUUUCUUGCUCCGAUACCAAGAAUUGCCCAGGAUUCACGAUCGAAUCAUAAACCCCGUCAAAAGGACCAAACAAGGUGUAAUUUGAUUGAAAUCUCUUUCUCCAGAACUGGGUACAAGCUACCGCACGUACCCUCCACGGCCAAGCUAUCCCCGGAGGAUCGCUUUUCCCAGCCACUUCGGCUACCCACUGGAUCAUCGCCUUUGGCCACCCGUUGCCAACUGUCGGACGAAUCAGAGUCCAGAUGUUUAACUGCCGAGCCGACAUGCUCUCUGCAUCGAUUAUUGGAGCGUGAAGCCGGCCGUGCCCCCGCCAGAAAACCAACAACCCCGGGUUGUUUAGUACCCCGUGGAGAAAUUGUUCGAUGGCCAUGCGGCCGAUGAGUCUAACUCUAGAUAUGUCCCUUUCCCCGUGGUCCCACUCCGCGAUAUCGGACCUCCCCACAAUUCAACGCCCCAGCCAAGCAGCCCAGCCGACCAGCAGAAUUUUCCAGCCCAAAUGGACCAAUGCCACCGUCUCUGCCCAGCCCUUGGUCUUGUUCUGCCUCCAAACCUUUACAAAAUAGCCUUUGGCGCAAGCCCCUGCCUUUAAGCUCUGUACGCUGCUCUGACUAUCGUUUUGCCGGAGUGGCUUUUUUAGCCUUUGCGAGAAGAAAGGUUGUGUUAUACUCUUCUCCGCGAGUUCAAACCUUGUCUCCAAGAUUUUCUUUCGCCCCCCGGGUCUCCGCAGACACUUUCUUUCCUUCUUCCCCAGUUUGAACCAGUGGUCUGGGGAUCGCGUGGCUAUUUAGAUCUCGCAUAUCCCACUUCCUUUCGAACUUCAGCAAGAGCCUCUUCCUCCCCCCUUCUUCUUCAUACCCCGGAUUUUCUUCCCUUGAAACACUACCUUCCAGCUUGAUACCCUUUUAAGGGCGCGAGUUGUUUACCUCGUGCUUUGGAAGGGAUCGAUUCGACUUCCUCUGGACUCAGGUCCAAGGUCACUACCUAUAAUCCCUAUUUGCACCUCUUGUCUUAUUAUCAUUGUUCGUUGAUUUUAUUUCUUCGUCACCAUGUCUAUCCUUAAGAUGGUCGAGGAUCGGCCGACGCCCAAGGCCGUCUACAAUUGGAGGGUCUACCUCCUGGCAGCCGUGGCGUCGUGCACAUCCUGCAUGAUCGGUUAUGACAGUGCCUUCAUCGGUACCACCCUCGCUCUGGACUCGUUCAAGAGCGAGUUCCACUUCGACACCAUGUCCACCGCUACCAAGAACCUGAUCAGUGCCAAUAUCGUCUCCUGCUACCAGGCCGGUGCCUUCUUCGGUGCCUUCUUCGCCUACCCCAUUGGUCACUUCUGGGGCCGUCGUAUGGGUCUCAUGUCUGCCGCUAUUAUCUUCGUUCUUGGUGCUGGUAUCAUGCUGGGUGCUAACGGCUCCCGUGGCUUGGGUCUGAUCUACGCUGGUCGUGUCCUGGCUGGUCUGGGCGUCGGCGCGGGCUCCAACCUUACCCCUAUCUACAUUUCCGAACUGUCACCCCCUGCUAUUCGUGGUCGCCUGGUCGGUGUCUACGAACUUGGGUGGCAGGUUGGUGGUCUUGUGGGCUUCUGGAUUAACUAUGGUGUCUCCGAGACCCUGGCUCCCAGCCACAAGCAGUGGUUGAUUCCUUUCGCCGUUCAGCUGAUCCCGGCCGGUCUCCUUUUGAUCGGUGGUGCCUUCAUCCGCGAGUCGCCCCGUUGGCUGUUCAGUUGUGGUCGUCGCGAGGAAGCUAUCAAGAACCUUUGCUGGAUCCGUCAGCUGCCCGAGGAUGACAUCUAUAUGAUUGAGGAGAUUGGUGCCAUCGACCAGGCCCUGGAGGAGCAGCGCUCUACCAUCGGCGUUGGCUUCUGGAAGCCAUUCCAGGCUGCCGGCACCAACAAGCGUGUUAUGUGGCGUCUGUUCCUGGGUAGCAUGCUCUUCUUCUGGCAAAAUGGCUCUGGCAUCAAUGCUAUCAACUACUAUUCGCCUACCGUUUUCAAGAGUAUUGGCGUUACUGGUACCAACACUAGUCUCCUGACCACCGGUAUCUUCGGUGUUGUCAAGACUGUCGUCACCUUCGUGUGGUUGCUGUAUCUCAUUGAUCGCGUCGGUCGUCGUAACCUGCUCCUGAUCGGUGCUGUCGGUGGUUCCAUCUGCUUGUGGAUCGUUGGUGCAUACAUCAAGAUCGCCGAACCCGCCAAGCACCCCAAGACCAGCAUGGACGGCGGUGGUAUUGCGGCCAUGUUCUUCUUCUACCUCUGGACCGUCUUCUAUACCCCGACCUGGAACGGUACGCCCUGGGUACUCAACUCGGAAAUGUUCGACACCAACAUGCGUUCUCUGGCCCAGGCCUGUGCCGCCGCCUCCAACUGGCUGUGGAACUUCCUCAUCUCACGCUUCACCCCACAGAUGUUCACCGCCAUGGGAUACGGCGUGUACUUCUUUUUCGCGUCGCUCAUGAUCCUCUCCGUCUUCUUCGUCUUCUUCCUCAUCCCCGAGACCAAGGGUAUUCCCCUCGAGAGCAUGGACCGUCUGUUCGAGAUCAAACCUAUCUGGCGCGCUCACGCACAGAUUGUUGCCACUUUGCGCGAGGAGGAGGAGGGCUUCCGUCACGAUAUUGAGGAAUCUGGUCUCGCUGAGUCUAAGCUGAACGCCGAGCAGGUCGAAAACGCUGCGACCCAGCAGUCCAAGACUUCGUACGCUUGAUCAGAAACGCCGUAUUUAUUUUGUCGUCGUGGUCGUGUUUUCGAUGUUUUAGAUUCGUGUGUGUGUGUUUUGAUCCGUUGAUUCAGAUCAAACAGGGUGUGACCCUAUAAUGUUGAUAUAUCCCUUGAAUGAACA